UUGGUUAAAACAAAUACGUUGGAAAUGUACUGGAAGCGAAAUACCUUUUCAGUGCGUCUUCGAUAUUUCUGUAGGGGUUUCCAAACAAAUUUUGUUAGUAAAAUGGCAUUUUUCUUCAUAAUAUCAACCGCUGUUGCGAAAUACUUGCUACAUUUAUGAGCAAAAGAUGUAUCAUUGGUGUUCACACCAGCUGGACUAAUUGCUACUUUUGUUGGAAAAAUACUCUUUAUGCAUUUCCAAAAUCCCUUCGAAUCACCAGCAUGUUCCUGCAAAAAUUUAAGGUGAUAAGAACUUCUUGCAGAUUUUACUUUGUAGUUGGCGGUAUUACGAAGUUUUUUGUAUAAUCUCCAGUCUUCUUCCUUUUUGUAUUUUUCGCUUUUUUAAGUGAGUGAGCUAUUGACACGCCCUUCCUCUUUUUCUUUUCACGAUAUAUGGCGCAUGUCAGUGCUACUGAAAUAUUUUAACGCUUGAUUUAUAUCUUUCAUUUCAUACAUAUAAUCCCAGUUCCCUCGUUCAAAAUCUUUACCCAUUGCCUCUGGAUCAUAUUUAAAGUAAUUACAGCAAGCAACAACUCUUGGUGUGAAUUUCAUACUGUUUAUUUUCCUGACGCAUCCUACCAUAUCGUGAUCUCCUAUGCUCAUGGGAAAUACUUUGGUAUGUGAGAUUGAUUUAGCAUUGUUACUCGCAAUUAAAUCAAUAAGUGUCUCCGAGGUCUCUGUAGUACGAGUUGGUUGUUUAACAAGUUGUUUCAAAUCAUAUAGUUGUAGUAUGUCUUUAAAUUCCUUAUUAUCAUUGCGUUCCCUAUAGUUGACAUUAAAGUCACCCAUGAGUAUUACUUCUUUCUCUUCUUUUGCCACAUUUAAUAAGAUGUCGUUAAAUGUUUUAUUAAAGUCCGUCGGCAAAUAAUCUGAAGUAUUUGGUGGUCUAUAAUAAGCGCCUAAGAGAACAUUUUUUGCUUUGUUGAUGAUAAUUUCAAUCCAUAUACAUUCCGCAGUUUUGGUUUCCAAAUCAGUUCGCCUUUUCCAGGAAAACAACAACAACAACAACAACAACAACAACAAUAAUCACGACGACAAUCACGACAAUGAGCGUUAUUAGCAGAGAUAUCCAACACCAUAUGAACGAAGGGCUUGUGUCGUUUGCAGACUUAAUCGAUUUCUUACAUAAUGAGGUAUCAGAAGUAACAAGACCGUCAGCGCAAUCAAUUGCUCCACAAAUAAAGCUUUAUGUGGAAAACUUAUACCUAAGUUUCUAUCGAGCAAAGCAAGCAUGCGAAGCCCGUGUAGAUGGAUUGCAAAGAGAAAUUGAAGAAAUUAUCUAUUCUCUAACAUGCCAAAAAGAAACGAUCCAACGCAUUAAAAAUGAAAAUGAAAACCUGAAAAUUAAAGAAAGAGAGCUUGUAGAGAAUGAAAAAUUGAAAAAUCAAUACUUAAGCGAUUGUAAAGAAAUACUUCGGAACAAAGAGAGAAGCCUUGACAAGGCGAGAGAAAAGUUGUCUGAGGCGAAAGAAAAGCGGGAUAUUACGGCUGCCGUUGGCAUUGGUGUUUCUCUCAUUCCAGUUGUCGGAUGGGUUGUAGGACCUACUAUGAUAGCCAUCAGCUUAACAGCAUUGCAGGACAACGUGAAAUCAUCCAAAGAGUCAGUGGAUUGCGCACAAUCAACGCGUGAUAACUCUUCGAGAGAGUUAGAACAAAUUCGUUCUGAGUUAGGGAGUAUAAGAAAGAAGAUGUCGACUAUCAGUUCAAAACUUGCGUCCUCGAAUGAAAAGGAACGAAGAGAACAAACUCGUCUUCAAGAGAAUAAAAUGCAGUUAGAAAGAGAAGUGAAGUUGCAGGAACAAUUGAAUUACAUUUUUACGUUCGUGUCAACAGCAUUUGGCAGAGCAAGACAUCUUCGCAACAGCACGAAGCAUUUUUACAGUAUUGAACAGCUAUGUAAUCCGAUGAAAGAAUUGGCGAAUCAUUUUAUUAGCCCCAACAGUGCAGUGAAGAAUACACUACAAAAAAACUUCAUGCCUGAAUUGGAAAAACUGCAAUACAUUGACAAUCACGUGUCGAUAAGCGUUGAUCCGAAUCUUGUUGGUUACUGCUGAGCAUAUAAUGACGAAAAGAUAAUAGGACAGUCAUUAAUUAGCAGUAUUCGUACCGAUUCAAAUUUUAGAGUUUUGUCUUUUGUGUUUUCAUUACUAGCUUCAAGUAUUAGCAAUCAUCAAAACAGGAACAGCUAAAAACAGAAUCAAUUUUUUGGUAGUUAAAUAUUGAGUAUGUACUUGUAAUUCUGAUUUUUUUACGGAGUAGUAUAUUUAGUGUAUUUAAAUUAAUACGAUGUAGGCUUAAUUAAAAAAUAUAUGCCGGAAGUGCCUAAAGGUUAUAAGCUGAAA